AUGAGAGAUGACGCACCUCCGCUCACGAUUAGAUGGGUGCUACAGCCGCAAGUUUUGGUGGAGAAGCCGAGACGGACCUCACUCUCCGCUUGUUCAUUCCUUGUGGAUGGGGCUGCAUUAAGCACCAAACCGUGUGCCGCUCGGAUAGGGGGGUUUCUCAAAGGUUUUCUUGUGAUUAUUGCGGCUCUCGUCUGUGGAUCGGAAUCGAAGGUUUUUGAAAAAUGCGAACUUGCAAAGGAGCUAGUAGAAAAACAUCAUUUCAACAAAAAUCACCUACGAGAUUGGAUGUGUACACUUUACGGAGGAACUGGAUUUGAUACCUCGAAAGCACGGGCAAUGGUAUAUGCAGGUGGUCCACGAGUAAUCGGCUUAUUUCAGAUAUCAGAAGUACAAUACUGCCGGUACAAGUACACGGGCGGUUUAUGCAACACAACUUGCGAAUCUCUUAUGACAGAUGACAUUACUGUAGCGGCGAAUUGUGCUCUAUACAUUUUACGAAGUUACGGAUUUGUCAGUUGGGGUUACUGGACUAACUGUUGCGUAUUCUAUUUCAAUUUACGUGCGAUAGGCCCAAUAAGCGUUGGUGAUAAGAUUGCGGUGAUGACCCUGGCAUCUAUGAAUUGGGCAUGGUCGAUAAUUGUGCUUUAUGCAUUCUGGAAUUUGUGCUGGCGGGUAUAUCGGAUUUCAUACAUCCCAACUGUCAUACACAUCAUCUGCUUAAUUAUGAUGUCAAAAACAGUUCUAAGUAUCCAUCAACAAGCCAAAAGCGCUUCGGGACUGGCUUUUGCAAUUCUGAUUUUUGGUAUACAAAUGUAUUAUUGCAUUCACAUUGAGAUACGAAUCAAGUGGAAGCUCUACGAUUUUAUUAGAGAGAAUGCAUCAAACAGAUUGUUCACAUCAUGCGAUGAGGAAAACAAGGACUAGUUGUAUAUAAAUACCACAAAUAAAGAUGUUUUGCUAUAAGAUAAUGGUAAAAUGUGUUCAUGCAAAGGCAUAAAACUAAAUUUAAAUAAGUGUAAAGUUGUUAGUUAUAGUUUUGGAUGAAUCCCAGUCUUUUACAAUUAUGCCAUACAAGACAUCCAAUUUGACAGGCAAACAAAAAUAUACAAUUC